AUGCACGCCUCUCUUCUCACUGCUGCCACUAUUGGCCUCGCUGCCCUCGGAGCUUUCGCCGCUCCUACCGCCCGCACGGAGUCGACCAACUCGGGAUCACCUUUCCCCUUUGCGGACGGAUUCCCCACGCCAUCACCGCAGCAGCUGCAGAAGAUCUUCGUUGAAGCUCACGGUACACUGUCGAAUGCAACCCCACCUGCCAACAUCUCUGCUCAAGGCCUCGUCAACCUUCGCCUCAUCGACUUUGCCGAACGUAUCGAGUCUAUUUACUUCGAACAAUUCCUGCACAAUGUGACCCACCAUGUGCCUGGCUUCGAGCUCCCCUAUUGGGUUGAUCGCCACUACUUCCUCAACUUCCUCAGGGUUACCAAGCACGUCGAGGAGCUGCACAAUCUGAAUGCUGUCAAUGCGCUCGCACACUUCAACCAGACCGCGAUCGAGCCCUGCACCCGGUACAACUUCCCGGUGUCGACAUUUGAGGAAGCCGUCACACUCGCGAUGACCUUCACCUCGAACGUGUUCGGUGUGCUGGGCGAUAUCGUGCAGAUCUUCGCACAGAAUGGCGAUGCUGGCCUGACACGUGGUGUUGUCGCUGCUGUCGCUAACGAGGGCGAGCAGAACGGCUUCUUCCGGUACCUCCUCGGUCGUGUGCCUGACGAGCUUCCGUUCACCACCGUCUCGAACCGUGACUUCGCAUUCACCGCGCUGCAAGGAUUCGUUGACCCUACGAGCUGCCCUAACAUCGAUAUCAUUGCCGCGGAUCUCAAGACAUUCGACAAGGUCAAGUUCAUCGACACGCCCAGGGCUAAGACUGAGGACGUCCGCCUCUCGCUCGCUAAGGACAAGUACGAGAACGGCAAGGCAUACAACGUCGUCUACGUGAACCAGCUGAACAACCCUGUCGUCGUCCCUGCUACCUGUGUCUCUGCCGACGACACGACCGUGACCAUCGAGGCUACGUUCCCCUUCGACGAACAUCUGAUGAACGGUCUGACGAUCGCGUCUGUCACUGACCAGGCCGGUCCGUUCGCGAACGUCGAUGCUGUCGCAGCUGCCGCCAUCUGGGCUCCUGCCUUCGCGGUCGUCAACUAA